AUGUGUGCGCCCCUCUGUCUCUCCCUCGUUAUUUCUCUCCUUGGCUGGAUUUCCCUAAAACCUCUGGAAGGGGUAGGCGCUUUCCCGAGUCCCAGCCUCGCGCCCCGCUGGCCGUGCUCUGCGGUGGGUGUCCGCUGUCUGGGCGAGGAGCACGCCCCCAGCAUGGACCUCGCCGCCUUGCUGAAGUCGCCCUUCCUCUGCCACCUCAUCUUCUGCUACGUCUUCGUUGCCUCGGGGCUCAUCAUCAAUGCCCUUCAGCUCUGCACGCUCCUUCUCUGGCCGGUGAACAAGCAGCUCUUCCGGAAGAUCAACUGCCGGCUGUCCUACUGCGUCUCCAGCCAGCUGGUGAUGCUGCUGGAGUGGUGGUCGGGUACAGAGUGCGUCAUCUACACGGACCCCCGAGCCUACCCCAAGUACGGGAAGGAAAACGCCAUUGUCGUACUGAACCACAAGUUUGAAAUCGACUUCCUCUGCGGCUGGAGCCUGGCUGAGCGCUUUGGGGUGUUAGGGGGCUCCAAGGUCCUGGCCAAGAAGGAGCUGGCCUACGUCCCCAUCAUCGGCUGGAUGUGGUACUUCACCGAGAUGGUCUUCUGCACACGCAAGUGGGAGCAGGACCGCAAGACCGUCUCCGAGAGCCUCCUGCACCUGCGGGACUACCCCGAGAAGUACUUUUUCCUGAUUCACUGUGAGGGCACACGGUUCACGGAGAAGAAACACCAGAUCAGCAUGCAGGUGGCCCAGGCCAAGGGGCUGCCCAGCCUCAAGCACCACCUGCUGCCUCGCACCAAAGGCUUCGCGGUGACCGUGAGGAGUUUGAGAAAUGUAGUUUCAGCUGUGUAUGACUGUACACUCAAUUUCAGAAACAAUGAAAAUCCAACACUGCUGGGAGUCCUCAAUGGCAAGAAAUAUCACGCAGAUUUAUACGUUAGGCGGAUUCCUCUAGAAGAAGUCCCAGAGGAGGAGGACAAGUGUGCGGCCUGGCUGCACAGACUCUACCAAGAGAAGGACGCCUUCCAGGAGGAGUACUCCCGCACGGGCACCUUCCCUGAGACACCCAUGGUGCCCCCGCGGCGGCCCUGGACGCUUGUGAACUGGCUCUUCUGGGCCUCGAUGCUCCUCUACCCCUUCUUUCGCUUCGUCGUCAACAUGGUCAGCAGCGGCUCCUCCCUGACGCUCGCCAGCUUUGUUCUCGUCUUCUUCGUGGCUUCCAUGGGGGUCCGAUGGAUGAUCGGCGUCACGGAAAUUGACAAGGGCUCUGCCUACGGCAACAUGGACAGCAAGCAGAAACACAGCGACUGACCCGGGACGUGUCACCACCCGAAGGGGACCUUGG